CUUAUUGGGUGAUUCGGCUCCACUUCAAAAUACCUGACCACAGAGGCAUUUCGUCCAGCGUCAACGGCUCGGACACACCACAAACAAGUUUCAGAACCGGUACAAAGUGGAGGGAGGGCUCAGCGGCAAUCAUUUGUGAGAUUGUCACCAGGCUGUCCUUUCCCUUCGCAAAGUACUAUGCUGGCACUUGCUACUGCAUCCCAGCCUUUCUAUAGUCGCCAGUUGUCUCAGAGCUGGCAGCCACGGAAGGACAAGGAGAUGAGAAGCGGUCUCAGUACCUCACGCCCAAAUCUGUUUGUAAAGACUGCCUCGGCGUCGCAUACGCCACCACCGAAAAGUUCAUCCAGCUUCCGUAAAAUCCGCCACACCCCAUCUCAUUCUCAGCCUAGUAUUCACGAGUCCCCAGUGACGGCUAGUGCACCGCGUACGCCAGCUGGUGCUCCUUCUAAUCAUCAUUCAUUGCCUCCUCGUCCGUCAAUCCCUAAUCCUCCCGUUACAACACAGACAAACACUCCUCCAGCUUCUCCUCCUCAUCUUGACAUCGCGACAUACCCAUCCACUGAACUUUUGAAACUCCUAGCUGCUUUGCUACAGCAGAUUGCGUCAGCGAAUGAUACGCUUCGCAAUACUAAUAACGAUCCGCCUCACAACUCGCUAUCCAUAGUCUUGGAGGGUAGGCCUCAUGGGUCGCCGUCUAGCCCUUCCGGUCACGUUGUUGUCCCAAUGCCUCCCGAACCAUCCGCAUUUCAUGCCCGGAACAUUCCUACCAUAUCAAUCGAAUCGUAUUUAUUGCGCAUACUGAAGUAUUGUCCAACGACUAACGAAGUUUUCCUGAGCUUGCUUGUGUACUUCGAUCGAAUGUCACGCUCUUCAUCGAGUACAAGUGGUGCCCCUAGCUUCGCCAUCGACAGCUACAACGUGCAUCGCCUCAUCAUUGCCGGUGUCACAGUGGCAAGCAAGUUUUUCUCCGAUAUCUUCUAUCUCAACUCUCGAUAUGCCAGGGUUGGUGGACUCCCACAAUCGGAGUUGAAUCGCCUGGAGUUGCAGUUUCUUCUCCUAAAUGAAUUUAGGCUUCUCAUCACUCCAGAAGAGAUGCAACGAUAUGCGAACCAGCUCUUGCUCUACUCCACUACUCUUCAUCCGCAACCACCGUCACUGUCACUCCCCCCUCCCAUCGCCGUCCCCGAAUCACGGAUAUCCGCACCCGAACGCAGUUUGCCUACUCCUAAUCCGUCUCCUAGUACAAAUGGUGCCCCAGGACGGGAGCUAGUUAGCACCACUCCUUCACAACAGGAGUUGUAUGAUGAAAGUUCUGAAGGUGGCUAUGGAACAACAGACGACGAGCCCACGAUACGUCCAGAUGAUUCUUCUGGCUCAUCCAUCCGUACCGUGUCAUCUACGGCUACGUCGCAAGCUACGACUCCCGCCAUGUCUCCAGCUAGACGUGCGUCAAGAAUUAGUGUAGCCUCGCGAGGCUCUGGGAUCAGCUCUUCCGCCCAGGACGACCUGGCUCAGAUAGGUGGGGAUGACGACGAUGCAGACACAGAUGGUGAAGGUGAAGAUACAGACGAUGAGCACGUUUACUGCACCACCAGUCCUUCAGCCCGGAUCCGACAGUUACAUCGCAAUAUCCCCCGUCAACCUGAGGACUCCCAGAUGUCCAGUCCGUAAGCAGGGACAUGCGUUGAAUAGAGUUUGUGUGUGCGGAGUUAAUCUGGGAUGGUGCUUUUGUCUCAGUAUG